UUGUCUCUUAGUAUUAUAAUAAAACAAGUGUCGCUUUACUUAUUUUGUAGAUUUCAUUUAGUGUGUUGUUAUUUUUCAGAUAGCAGGUGACACUACGUGGUGUGAGGACAGGAGUAGCCUAUUUUAUCACUUGUCAUUUUAACUUACAGUUUCGGUUAAAUUCAGAAAGUUACCAUCUUACCACCACCUACUUUCGAGAAAGGAAACUUGACACUGCGUUGUUGUAAUGGCUGAACCCAGAAUAUCUUCCAUUGAUGGGAAGUUAGCUGAAGAAUUUGCUGCUCCCUCCCACGUUGAGGAGGUCAAAGAGGAGAUGUCUGCUUUUGCCAUGCAUCACGUGGCAGCAGGUCGCAGGGUGGUUCUCAUCACAUCAGGGGGCACUAAAGUUCCCCUAGAGUCGCGCACUGUUCGCUUCCUCGAUAACUUCAGCAGUGGCAGACGAGGAGCAGCCUCCGCAGAAUAUUUCAUAGACUCCGGCUACGCUGUCAUCUUCCUGCACAGGCAUCGCUCCCUCUACCCUUAUACUCGUACAUUCUCAACCAUAAACAUGCUGGAUGCCCUGACGUUCAGAAGUGGAGAAGCAUCAUCUGGUAGCUCUAGUGAAGUCGUGGUUAACCAGCAGGUGCUACCGAACAUUGCCAAAGUGCUGAAGAGAUACCAAGAAGUGAAAGACAGCAGACUCCUCCUGCCCAUUGACUUCAGCACUCUGUCAGAGUAUUUGCAUCUUCUCAAAGCAGCAGCACAGGCACUCAGCACAAUAGGAUCAAAGGCCAUGUUCUACUUGGCGGCAGCAGUGUCUGAUUUCUAUAUCCCAGCAUCUGAGAUGCCUGAACACAAAAUCCAGUCUUCCAAUGGUCCUCUUCAACUCAGCUUGAACAUGGUCCCCAAGAUACUGUCUCCACUGGUGAAGGACUGGGCACCUCAGGCAUUUGUGAUAUCAUUUAAGCUGGAGACUGAUGCAACCAUACUGCUGGACAAGGCUCGACGGGCUUUGGACACCUACAGGCACCAGGUAGUGGUGGCCAACGUACUGGACUCUAGACGGGGUUAUGUGGUGGUGGUGACCCCUGCGACUCAGGCCGAGCUGAUCCUCACAGAGGAGGAUGUGAAGAACGAGGUGGAGAUAGAGGAGAGGAUAGUGAGCAACCUGACAUCGGCACACAAUAAGUUUAUAACUCAACAAGUGGGUUGACUUAUCAUCUGCAUGCCUGAGUCAGUGACGCAGUUUUAAGUUGUGUCUGUGCUCUUCCCUGACCCUGAGAUUGAGCUUGGCUUAAAUUUAUACUUGCCUGUUCUGCUGACAGAGUUACUGUAUAUGUUGUCUGGUUGCACAACCUUAAUAGUAACUGUAAUGCCUGUCCUUUUUACCUGUUCUAAAAUGGGCCUCUAAGGUCCAAAUGCUGUUUCUGUGCGGGGACAAUAUACAACUUAUUGACCGUUCAUAAAAUGUUUAUUCAAACUGUGCAAUGAUCCAGGACAUACUGUCUUUUGUGGGACACUUUGUCUUUUCUACAACAGUGACUAACAGUUGAAUAAUUCAGUGAUAUGAUUUACUAUGAGGGUCACCUGUAAUAAACAUUUACAAGUACA